AUGCGUCGUCAGGUGAAAUAUGAGAACAGCCUGAAUCUGCAAAGACGUGAAGUGAGCAUAGCCGAUGCGCGUGCUACAGCAUGCCAUGAAGCGUCACCGACGUACUGGUCCUGGGAAGAGAUCUCGGAUGAGCUGACGCCCGAUUUGGUCACGGAACUUUCGCCGCGUUCAUCCGUUCUUACAACGAUGCCAUGAAAUCAGAAGGAAAAGCGACCACUGGCAAUGAUAAAAGAACAGCCGCAAACUGUAACAAAGAAAACGAUAAAGCCCAGGAUCCUCAAAUUAAUACGAAAUGCUACGCAAGACAUGGUCGGAAGCGUCGCUCGUGAGCACAAGAAUGGCUGA